AUGAGGACCAGCAGCUUCUUUGUCCUGGUGGUGUUCCUCAUCCUUGGGAUUCUGGCUGCAGAUGCAGCUGGCAUAGGAGUUCCUGUUAAAGGUCAAGACAAUGUCAAAGGUCUGUUCAGUGGACAAGAUCCUGUUAAAGGAAAAGUUUCCAUUAAAGGUCAAGAUCCAGUCAAAGGACAAGGUCCAAUCAAAGGUCCAGUUUCCACCAAGCCUGGUGUCUGCCCUCAGAUUCAGAUCCGGUGUGCCAUGAUGAAUCCUCCUAACCACUGUUUGAGUGAUGCUGAGUGCCCAGGGGCCAAGAAGUGCUGUGUGGGCUCUUGUGGACGCAUCUGUGUUGUCCCCCUGUGA